CCACCCUGCAGCGUGCAGCCCCCCCCCCCAUGCAACAACACACAGGUCUGGGUCCAGGGGUCCAGGGACAAAUAAACGUGCCCACGCUGCCUCGGGCGGAUGGCUGGUCGAUGCCCGACAAGGCGACGGUACAGGGAAGGAUCCACCACGCAGAGGCUUCCUAUUGGCCCCGUUGGUACUUAACGCGGCCUGUCGCGUGCAGGCAUGGUCACUGACAGGCCAUGACGCAUCAUGAUCAAAACAGAGAGAGAGAAAAAAAAGGGCACUAACAAUAGUUUCCAUAUUGCGCUCCUUGGAUCCAUCUCAGUGCCACAUCACAACACUCACUCCCUGCCACACACCGACCGCAGGUGCCAUGCCCCCGAAACAGAUUUCACCUCUGUUGCAGACAUGGUAUAAGUGGAAGGCCCUGCGCCUGCCGUGGCGCAAACGUUUCCUCGUUGGCCUCGACCUCCAGGGCAACACAUACUGGGAGUUCCGCGACGUCCGCGGCGACCCGGCGGACCCGCGCACCCGCUGGCGCCGCAUCGUGCAGUACCCGCGCCGCGACACGCACUACGGCGAGGUAAAAGUCCCGCCCCAGUGGCACCAGUGGCUGCGGCACACGCGCGACGCCCCGCCCUCCAUCCCGGAGCAGCACGCCGAGGUCCGCCGCCAGCAGCAGAUGAGGGUGCUGGCCGCCGAGGCCGACGCCCGCUGGGCCGCCAAGCCGACCCUGUUGGAUGCUGGUGGGCAGCCCGCUGCGCCUGCGCUUGGGGGCGGCGGCAGCAGCAGUAUGAGCAUGGUUGGGGAGGGGGGCAGCCUGGAGGAGGGGGGUGCCGCCGUGCCGGGGGAGGAUGCUGGCAAGAAGGAGGACCCGUGGGGGCAGAGUAGACGCGGUGGGCCGAGCGAGGACUGGCAGCCGCAGGCUUGGUCGCCUCCAGCUCCCAAGAGGUAG